CCGUGCAUGUCCAUCCGCGUCUCCUCUUUCUUGUCCUCUUCAGUUUUUUUUUUGUUUGCUUCUCACGCAAUCCUCCCCGCAGCUCAGCAUCCCGGUCCGCGGGGGUGAACGGAAGCCGGAAGCAGGAAGUUGGUGUGCGCGACCAGUCCAGUGCUGUGCCCGACCGGAUACAAUUUGGCAGUGUGUGCUUCGCGAUGGGGUGGCUCUAGGGGUGGCGGUGCCGCAGCGAACGGCCGCAUCCCCCGCGACGGACGCAGUGUGCCGGGAGGACUUUCCGCCUACGGUGGAGGGUUGAUUUGUGAACGAGUCGAUCUGGCAUCGUGACACCGUGACACACUUAAGUAACAACCGGAAAGUAUCACGUUGUGUGUGUGAUGUAUUUUAAGGAUAAGACCAGGACCUACAGCAAACCGAACCGGUGAUCCUUCUGAUCCUUCCGAUCCCGCCAGCCCUUUCCGCCUCUGUUUCGGCUCCGGUUUGUGCACGGACCAACGGACCAACGAACGAACGAACGAGAUUUAUUGAAAGCAGUGACAAUUUCGCACGGAACAAGAAACAAUAGACCGACGCGAGAGAGAAACGGAUGCGCUCAGUGUUAUUUUGCGGAUACACCAGUGACCUAUUUCGACGAAAAUUUGUUGUUUUGUUUUAUUAUUUGGAAUUACUAGAUUGCCCAUAAAAUGACGAUGGCGUUUUAGCAGGACCAGCACCAGAAUACGCCGGGAGUCGAAUGGAAACGAUGAAAUACACGAACCUGGCCGGCAGCAACAUGGCAGUGAGCGGUAACGGCACGCACGUCGACGAGGUCGACUCCCUAUUCAUCUCGUCCUGCUGGCAAAACUCCAACUCCAGCAUCCAGAACGACUUCAUCGACACGAACAAACUGAUGCUGGACGGAGGCAUCAGCAACCUGGGUUCGGACAAGUUGCUGUUGGGCUCGCCGAUCAGCCAGGAGGACGAGGAGAUCGAAUCGAAACCGUCGAUGGACACGCUGGACAAUUUGCUGUUGGGAACGAACAGUUUGGCGGAGCUGAAGCCGCUGCCUCCCUUCACCGGUUACACGGCCAAUUUGAGUAUAAACGGCAUCCAGGGCCACCACUAUCACACCAUCUCCCAGCGGAUACCGGAGGAGAACAACAACACGUACAACAGCUACAACGAACACAACAUAGUGUCGAGUUCGACGUGUAACGUGAGUGCAGACUCAGCAUGUGAUUCCGCGUCAAAAACUAUGUACGGCGUCGACGAAGUUGUGAAGUUGGGUUACGGGAGUUGCGUGAAUCCGGACUCGGUUAGUUCCGCCAUCAAGUUCGAGGACUGUAAUCAGACGUCGGCGGAUUCUGUGACUCACAUCAAGACGGAGAUCGCCGAAUACGAUAUCUCGUCGAUAGAAGACAUCGCCGCGAUAAUCGGAUCGGCCAUCGCCGACACGACCGUGCCGAACAACAACAACACGGAGAACGACCACGCGAACGAUUCGAGGGACAGUUGGAUGGAUCUGGACGCGUGGAUCGACGGUGCUUGCGUCGACCAGCCCAAAAGUCUGAUCAUAACGCAGGACGGACUCUCCGAAUUCGUGAUACCAAACACCAGCAACGAGUUCAAGAACCAACAGGUCGAGUACUCGUCCAAGCAUCAAAACCAACAGGGUAGUUCGACGUUGCAAACCCUAUUGACGCACGGCUACAUGCCGCUGCUUCAAAACCGAUUGCAAAACGGACCUCCGGUCAAACAGGAGGCGAGUAGUAGUAAUUACAACACGGAGAUGAUUUCCACGUCCAGUCCGCCCGCCAACGUUGUCUCCACAACCGACAAUCUCUUGCUAACAGUCAACGGGCGAUUCAUGCCCCAGUACAGCCUCCACGGCAUCAACGACGACCCGCUGGGUCAGAACUACCCCCACACCACCACCACGACCCCGAACGCGCCCAAGAAGUCGCGCAGCCGGGCGCAGAAGAAGCAACAGCAGGCCGCCACCUCCACCGUCUUCCCCUCGGAGCAGAGUCUCGGGCUGCUGGGGAAGGAGAAGCCGGUGCACCGGUGCAGCAUCUGCAACAGGGGGUUCCUCAACAAGAGCAACAUCAAGGUACAUCUGCGGACGCACACGGGGGAGAAACCGUUCAGGUGCGACACGUGCGCGAAGGCGUUCAGACAGAAAGCACACCUGCUGAAACACCAGCAGAUCCACAAACGCAUCGGGAGGGACUGAUGAUCCUUCGCGGGGUGUUUGUGUGUACGUCCGGCCGGGCGGCGCCUCCGAUUCCGUUUCGGAGGAUCCGUUCGUGCGGACUUUCACCACGUCAAGCCAGAAUUUAUGGUGCCACACUCGGCCAGCUCACGAAUCACUUCUUGCUCAUCAUUUUUUAAUUGGAACGAAAAGAUUUUGCUAGUUACAAAGUUUAAAAGCUGCUUCUGACAAUGAAAUUGAAGGAAACGGUGUAGGACCGACGAGUUCUGUUUUGAUGUGGCCUCAACGUGCUAUAAAAAAGGUACCUCAAUAAUUUAAAAAAAAAUAAAAAUGAUGUAAUAUUCCUAAAUAAUGGACAAUGUGCAAUUUCAUCUAGUGAUCUGGUGCAAAUAUCAACGAAUUGUAAUUAGUUAAGUAGCCUUCCUUUUUUACUCACUUUCUCUCCUCUCGUUGUUGUCUUCACUGUUGUUGCGCAUUGUUGUGGUGUAUAUUUAUUUAAAUCUUGUAUCAUAUUUUCCUAUAUUUAUUAUUGUUUUUUGUGUGUAUCACUAAUCCAAAAAGGAAACUCGGAACUGUCUGACCUUAGUUGUAAAAAUCAAUCGUGAAGCAAAAGUAUUUUCUCAGGUUUCAAUGUAACACAGUCCUUGUGAUAGAAAAAUGCUUAAUAUUUAAGUAGAGUGUUUGUAUUUUUACAAAUAAUCGUAAAAUCUUUUAUCGAUUUAGACGCAGCCGACUCUGUACAUUUUGUAAUAUAUCCUAUAUAAAAAAGAACUUUAUUUAUUUAUUAUUUUUAAACUUUUUAACUUACUACUAAUACGCUUCCAGAACAAAUUAGCCUUCUUCUGCCUUUGAGCACUUUUAAUGUCACAUUUUGGACCGAAAAAAAAGAAAAGGUGACAAUAAAAGUGUCCCUCUCUCCCCCUCGCCCUCUGAACAAAAAUAAAUAGAUCUCAAAUCAAAAGAAAACAGAUCAUAAAGUCAAAGAUCUUUUCUCUUUUCGCACUUUCUGUUUUGUGUUUCAGUCGUUUCGUUCCCCGAACUGAAAACGUUAGUUGAUUAUGUGUGAUAAUCAUGUACAGAUAUUAUUUUUGUUUGUUUGUUUGUUUGUUUUUUUUUUGUGUAUUUAUUCCGCCAGCACGUUGGUUGCUUGAGAAAGUUGAUUAGGAGGUUAGGACUAAGACGUAGAGAUUUAAUUUAAUUCUUUCUUUUUUUAGAUAGCCUACAUUUAAAUUAUAAAUUAAUAAUUUUGUUAAUAUUUUAUUGUUGAUUAUAUUAAUAAGUAUGUUGUACUAUAAACACCAUUAUUUUUAAUAAGAAAAUUAUUUCAAAUG